GCCUUCAGAUAUACAUUCUCUUGUCACAGUUUUCUGUGUCACCGGAACUCGUUUCUUUCAAAACACUUCAAACAUCUCGAACGCUCUCUUUCCGGCAACUAGGUUAAAGUUCAUCAAUGGCAGGUCGCGGCAAAACCCUAGGAUCUAGCGCCGCCAAGAAGGCUACCUCAAGGAGCAGCAAAGCCGGCCUCCAAUUCCCCGUCGGCCGUAUCGCCCGUUUCCUCAAGGCCGGAAAAUACGCUGAGCGUGUCGGCGCCGGCGCCCCUGUCUACCUCGCCGCCGUACUCGAAUAUCUCGCGGCUGAGGUUUUGGAAUUGGCUGGAAACGCUGCGAGAGACAACAAGAAGACUCGAAUUGUGCCGCGCCACAUUCAAUUGGCGGUGAGGAACGACGAGGAGUUGAGCAAGCUACUCGGUGACGUCACCAUCGCUAACGGUGGCGUCAUGCCUAACAUUCACAAUCUUCUCCUUCCCAAGAAGGCUGGUGGAUCAUCCAAGGCUGCUGCUGCAGACGAUGACUCUUAAAUAGGGGUUUUUUUUCCGUGAAAAGUUAUCGAAUUUAUUCUCUUUGGAUUCUCUCUGUUUUUGUAGUUUUUCAGUUUUUGAUAAUUGUGUUCUGUAGAUGUAGUUAGGUUUUCAGUCACUGAUGUGAAUAGAGAACGCUCUUGUUCUUCAAGAAAGAUUGUUGGAAAUUUAAAUCAUUUUAAUUCGUAACCUUUCAGUCUUGAUCUAA